CAAACGAUAUUUGUUUAAAAAUAAUUAAACAAUGUGAUGGAGAUCAAACUAAUAAACUCAAUAAUAAUUUCACAAUCGAAAAAGUGAAUUUAAAAAAAUUUAGUGACGAACAAAAAGGUUUUAUGGGAGACCAUUUUAAUUUAGAAAUUUCAACAAGUUAUGGAAAAACAUAUACUUUUUUUGUAAAAUCCAUGCCAACAUUAUUACCAAAUUUUGAAUCAUAUAUAAAUGAAAUUGGAACAUUUACUAAGGAAACAAAAUUAUUUCAAACAUUAUUGGAAAAAUUACGAAAAUUAAGUACAAACGCAUGGUGUCCCAAAUCUUAUUAUAUUUAUGAAAAUGAUGCUAUAAUUAUGGAAAAUCUUGUCCGAAAAGGUUAUCAAGUUAUGAAUCAUCGUGAAUAUUUCACAUAUCAACAAUUUUCGGCUUUUAUUAAAACCGUAGCCGCAUUUCAUAGUACAACAAUUAUUUAUGAAGAAUUAACAAGAAAAAAUUCUGAUUUCAAAAAUUUUCGACUUAUUGAUAAAUAUAGAAAUUUAUUAGAAGAAUGUGGUUAUCCUUGCGAUGAAACACAUAUUCGACAUAAAGCUUUAGUAUGUAAUGCUAACGCAUUUGUAUCGAAUUUAAAAUAUUUGAAUAAUUAUAAAGAAGGAUUUGAUAAACAAAUUUGGAAAGAAUUAAAUAAUUUACCAAAUCGAAUGAAAAUAAAUCGUUAUCGAAAUGUAAUGAACCAUGGUGAUUUAUGGUGUAAUAAUAUUAUGUUUUCUGGUAACGAAGGUGAAAAUUUAAAAUGCUUACUUGUGGAUUUUCAAUUCGCACGAUAUGCAUGCCCAUCACAAGAUCUUAUGCUUGCAAUGUAUACAACAACAAAUCGGGAAUUUCGUACGAAAUAUUAUGAUCAUUUCCUCGAAAUGUAUUACAAUGCAUUAGGGGAUGAAUUAAAAACGUAUUCGCUAAAUAUUAAUGAAUUGUAUCCAAAAAAUGAUUUUUUACAAUCUUGUUCGGAGAAAAGAAUUGUUGGAAUACUUUUAGCAGCGUUAUAUACAGUGAUGGUGUUUUAUCGAUCAGAAGAUAUUGAUAAUGUAUUAUCGAAUGCUGAUAAUUUUUGGCCUUUUAAUUUUGGAAAUAAAAAUGAAUUUGUGUUGAAUAUUUUAAAGAAUGAUGAACAUUUAAGAGAACGGUUCAGUGAAAUUUAUCAAGAUAUUCUUGAAUAUGUUUUGUAAAUUUUUAACAUGGAACUUCAUCAUGGAAAUUCAUGGAGCAUGAAAAACGUAUAAUCUGACGAUUUGCGCAAACCGCAGCGUCCUAGCUCGAAAAAUUACUUUUACGCGGGCAAGGUCAAAAGAGUGUAUAUUUUAUAAUGAUAUGUCGUAUCUUUGGCACAACACAUUGCAUAUUUCUUAAUCAAAUUCCAUGAUUCAUCCAUCCUUUUCAAGCUCAUUAUGUCUAGGUUUGAUCAAAAAUAUACUCACGGUCUAAAAAUGAACCACUUAGGAAAAAGCACGCUAGACAAUUAAUUUGAACGAAAAAAUACACAAAUUUAAAUAAUAAGUCUACUAG